AACACUUUCCGUCUAACUGAGGGAGCAGCAAUUGAUUAAUAGCUCGGCAAGGGGACACACUGACUGUUAUAAUAACACUACACCAGCAACUCCUGGCUUCCCAACAGCCGGAACACAGGAGAGAGUCAGUGGCAAAUAGACAUUUGUCUUCUUUCUUAAAAAAAAAAUCAAGCAACUUGUUUGCUAGUUUUAUUUCUGUUGGGAUUUUUUGUUUAAUUUUUCUUUUUUUGGUGGUUGUUUUUAAUUGUGGAGGGCGAAAGGAGAUACGAAUCCAGGCUCAGUCCAACUCCUCUCCAAAACGGCUUCUCAGACACUCCAGGUAGCGAGGGAGUUGGGUCUCCAGGUUGUGCGAGGAGCAAAUGAUGACCGCCAAGGCCGUAGACAAAAUCCCAGUAACUCUCAGUGGUUUUGUGCACCAGCUGUCUGACAACAUCUACCCGGUGGAGGACCUCGCCGCCACGUCGGUGACCAUCUUUCCCAAUGCUGAACUGGGAGGUCCCUUUGACCAGAUGAACGGAGUGGCCGGAGAUGGCAUGAUCAACAUUGACAUGACUGGAGAGAAGAGGUCCUUGGAUCUCUCAUAUCCCAGUGGCUUUGCUCCUGUCCCUGCACCCAGGAACCAGACCUUCACUUACAUGGGCAAGUUCUCCAUCGAUCCCCAGUACCCUGGUGCCAGCUGCUAUCCAGAAGGCAUCAUCAAUAUUGUGAGCGCAGGCAUCUUGCAAGGGGUCACCUCUCCAGCUUCGACCACAGCCUCAUCCAGUGUCACCUCUGCCUCACCCAACCCACUGGCCACAGGACCCCUGGGUGUGUGCACCAUGUCCCAGACCCAGCCUGACCUGGACCACCACCUCUACUCUCCACCACCGCCUCCUCCUCCUUAUUCUGGCUGUGCAGGCGACCUCUACCAGGACCCCACUGCGUUCCUGCCAUCUACCACUUCCACCUCUUCCUCUCUGGCCUACCCACCACCUCCUUCCUAUCCGUCCCCGAAGCCAGCCACGGACCCUGGUCUCUUCCCCAUGAUCCCAGAUUAUCCUGGAUUUUUUCCAUCUCAGUGCCAGAGAGACCUACAUGGUACGGCUGGCCCAGACCGCAAGCCCUUUCCCUGCCCCCUGGACACCCUUCGGGUCCCCCCUCCACUCACUCCACUGUCUACCAUUCGUAACUUUACCCUGGGGGGCCCCAGUGCCGGGGUCACAGGCCCAGGGGCCAGUGGAGGCAGUGAGGGACCCCGGCUGCCUGGCAGCAGCUCAGCAGCGGCCACUGCUGCAGCCUAUAACCCACACCACCUGCCACUGAGGCCCAUUCUGAGGCCUCGCAAGUACCCCAACAGACCUAGCAAGACGCCAGUGCACGAGAGGCCCUACCCCUGCCCAGCAGAAGGCUGUGACCGGCGGUUCUCCCGCUCCGACGAGCUGACUCGGCACAUCCGAAUCCACACCGGGCACAAGCCCUUCCAGUGUCGGAUUUGCAUGCGCAACUUCAGCCGCAGUGACCACCUUACCACCCACAUCCGUACCCACACCGGUGAGAAGCCCUUUGCCUGUGACUACUGUGGCCGAAAGUUUGCCCGGAGUGACGAGAGAAAGCGCCACACUAAGAUCCACCUGAGACAGAAGGAGCGGAAGAGCAGUGGCCCCUCCACGUCGGUGCCGGCCCCUGCCACGGCCCCCUGCACUGGGGGCACACAGGCUGGAGGCGCCCUAUGCAGCAGCAACAGCAGCACUAUUGGCGGAGGGCCACUGGCCCCUUGCUCCUCGAGGACCCGGACACCUUGAGACGAGACUCAGGCUGACUCACCAGCUCCUUGAGGCCGGGAGGCCCUUUGUCCACUCGAACUGCAGGACAAACACUACCACCCUUCCCUGCCCCUCCUUCCCUUUGUUGGGCAGAGAGCUUUGGUGGUGCCCAGCACUACCCCACUGUCCACUUAGAAGCAAGUCCUUCCUAAAACCUGGCCCAUUUUAGUCUCUCUUAGGUGAGUGGACUAUCACCCCAAGGCAAUGGGGAGGUCAGAGGGGGCUGGGAGGGCCUGGCCAACAGGAAUGAGGUCCCACCCUGCUUCAAAGGGUUGUUUGACUAGGUUGCUCCCCUUCCCCUUAUUUCAACCCAUUACAGGUUUUUGACCCCGGAUGCCAGAGUUGAUCUAAGACUUUUUCAGCAGUAGGUUGGGAGAUGCUGAUUCCUUCAAGCAGGGACAGCAAAAAGACAUGCAAAACUGAUAUGCACUUUACGGCUUGGGACUGAUUUGGGGGAUGCUGUACAAUAAGUGAAGCAUGGCCUUUAUGCUGCAUUCCAUGGCCCUAGAACAAUGAAUCAAAGCUUAUCUAGUCGUCUCAACCCUUUAAGCAAUAUGUAUUAUAAACUCAGAGAACAGAAGUGCAAUGUGUUGGGAGAGACAUAGCAAUAUCUGCUCCUUUAUGAGUUGAGAAAUGUAGACUAUUUUUUCAGUGUAUAUCCACUCAUAUUUUGUGUAUUUUUGAUGUACACUGUUCUCCAAGUUCAGAACCUUUGGGAAAAAAUUUAGAGCAUUUAUGAUCUCUUGAAAUGGGUCAGAGAUUAACUUAUUUAAGAGGGAUGUAUAUAUAUAUUCUCUGAAACUAGGAUGCAUGCAAUUGUGUUGGAAGUGUCCUUGGUGCCUUGUGUGAUGUAGACAAUGUGACAGGGUCUGCAUGUAAAUGGAUUGCCUUACUAUGGAAAAAAAUAAUUACGCCCUGGGUUUAGUAUGGCUGUAUAUUUCUGCUUAUUAAUAUUUGGAAUUUUUUUUAGAAAGUAUAUUUUUGUAUGCUCUGUUUUGUGACUUAAAAGUGUUACCUUUGUAGUUAAACUUCUGAUAAGAAUGUACAUAAUGUUACUGGAGCUGAUUUGUUUGGUUAUUAGCUCUUAAUAGUUGUGGAAAAAUAAAUGAUCUAACAUAAAACCACUAACUGAAGUUCAGAUAAUGGUUUAUGACUAUAGUGUAAAUAAAUACUUUUCAACAAUA